AUGAUCAAAGAUAUCAUUUUACCCAACAUCCCACGUCAAGGCGACGACCGAUCGCUGUCGGAGCUCCGUUCUCCACUCCGACACACCCCACAAGGCCCCUCUCGUUCGGUGGAUAUUCCUGCUCAUUUGUCGCCACCUCACGUCUCUGACAGAACUCGACCCUCGUUAACUACGAGCGCCCUGAGCCAAUCUGGAAGGAAUCGCCAAAUGGAGAACGGAAACUCAAGGCAACCAAGCUACGAUGCGCCGCCUCCUUAUCCUCUCGCUAUGCACUCUGGUCCCCCUCGAAAUGGUUGUUCAGCGUCAAACUCACCAGCUCCGCCUUCACCAUAUGUGAAUGAACCUGACAGUCGGCGAGUUUAUCAGAGUACAGCGCCUCACUCCAGCUUUCAGAGUCGACAGGGAGAGUCAUCAGGUCUGCCUCCACCUCCACCGCCGUAUUACAACCAAUACAACACCCUCAAUGGCCACUCAUCGUCGUACGAUACUGCAAGAGGCUACAGUAACGACGAAUCGCACCGCGGAGACGUUUACUACAGUACUUCUCGGUUGGGAACCCCUCAAUAUCAUUCUUCGAGCUCUACGUACGCUUCGGCAUCUUACGGCUACCAGGUAUCCUCCAAUUAUAGUGGACAUUAUGCUAGUCAGAAUGGUCAUCAGUACCAGAAUGGCUAUCACCGGCCCAUGCAAUUCGAGUCGGAAGACAUGACUUCUCAGGUGCCAAAGAAGCGACGAGGCAACCUACCCAGGGACGUUACGGAUAUGCUUAAACAAUGGUUUGAGGAGCACAUAGCUCAUCCUUACCCCACCGAGGAAGAGAAGCAGAUGCUUUGCAGGCGCACCGGUCUCGCAAUGACUCAGAUCAGCAACUGGUUCAUCAACUCCCGGCGCCGACGUACUCCUGAAUUGACGCAGCAAGCUAACGCGGAGAAAAAGCUCCGGGAGAGAUCUGGCGACACGAGCAGCAGCUCGGACUAA